CUUUUAGUCUUAGGCAGUUGACUACCAGCCAAAACACCUAUCUUAGUUUUUAGUGGAUAGCUUCUUUAUUUUCCUCAUGUUUACUCAGAAUCCUUAUCACAUAUACUUGCUUCAAUAGUAGCAUCAACGGGUGUGGAGAGGGUGACAACAAGAAAUUAUCCUUUUCCCCCUAUUUUCCCUGCUCAUUCAGUUGCUUUUCCUCUCCUGAGGGAAAUCACGAGUAAAAUUUACCGCUUAUUAGCCGCAUUGAUGAGAAACACACUAAGUGGACAUUGUUAUUUCUUAUGACUAAUACAUACCAACCAAGCCUCAGGCAUUUGCUGGGCCACAAGGAGAAACUCUUCCAAAUAUCCCUGUUUCCCAAUUUGCAUCCACCUGGGAUUUGCUGCUGGGGUAAGUCACUAGAUGGAUUUUGUAAAAGUCCCCUCCCUAUGAGCCAACAUGAACACAGGAAAGGGCCGGGGGAAGAGGACAGAGCAGAUCGAGUUAUUCCACACUUUGGGAAGCAGGAAUAGCUUUUGUCAUCUUCCUCUGGGGAGCAGGCAUAGAGACCUAAACUGAUUGAAAAUGGGUGGAGGAAGAACUUCUAUGCCCACGAACAACAUGUGAAGAGUGAGAGAAAACCAAACAUAAAGUAAGGAGGAUACGAGUGCACAUUCCAGAGGAAAGAAUCCAGGAAAAGGAAGAGCAAGCAGAUCAAGAUGUGUAGCUCUGCGAAUGCCAAGUUGUGGUUUUUGACAGACCGUCGCAUCAUGGAAGACUAUCCCCAAAAAGAGAUACUACGUGCUCUAAAGGCCAAGUGUUGUGAGGAAGAACUGGAUUUUAGAGCUGUGGUGAUGGAUGAGGUGGUGCUGACAAUUGAGCAAGGGAAUCUGGGGCUGCGGAUUAAUGGAGAACUAAUCACUGCCUACCCCCAGGUGGUGGUAGUGAGAGUUCCAACUCCUUGGGUACAAAGUGAUAGUGACAUCACUGUUUUGCGCCACCUGGAGAAGAUGGGAUGUCGGUUAAUGAACAGGCCCCAAGCCAUCCUGAACUGUGUUAAUAAGUUCUGGACAUUUCAAGAGUUGGCUGGCCAUGGUGUUCCUCUACCAGAUACUUUCUCUUAUGGUGGCCAUGAAAAUUUUGCUAAAAUGAUUGAUGAAGCAGAAGUAUUAGAGUUCCCAAUGGUAGUGAAGAAUACGCGGGGUCAUAGAGGCAAGGCUGUUUUCUUGGCCCGAGAUAAGCAUCAUUUGGCUGAUCUAAGCCAUCUUAUUCGCCAUGAAGCUCCGUACCUGUUCCAGAAAUAUGUUAAAGAGUCCCAUGGGCGUGAUGUAAGAGUGAUUGUUGUAGGAGGCCGGGUGGUUGGCACCAUGUUACGCUGUUCAACAGAUGGAAGGAUGCAAAGCAACUGCUCACUAGGAGGUGUGGGGAUGAUGUGCUCAUUGAGUGAACAAGGGAAGCAGCUAGCUAUCCAGGUGUCUAAUAUCCUGGGAAUGGAUGUGUGUGGCAUUGACCUGUUGAUGAAAGAUGACGGCUCCUUCUGUGUCUGCGAAGCCAAUGCAAAUGUAGGUUUCAUCGCCUUUGAUAAGGCUUGUAAUCUAGAUGUAGCUGGUAUCAUAGCAGACUAUGCCGCCUCCCUUCUGCCCUCUGGCCGGCUCACCCGGCGUAUGUCCCUGCUCUCCGUGGUGUCCACUGCCAGUGAGACUAGUGAGCCGGAGCUGGGUCCCCCAGCCAGCACUGCUGUCGACAACAUGAGCGCAAGUUCCAGCUCUGUUGACAGCGACCCUGAAAGCACGGAGCGGGAGCUGCUCACCAAGCUCCCAGGGGGCCUGUUCAACAUGAACCAGCUGCUAGCCAAUGAGAUCAAACUCCUGGUGGAGUGACUCCACUGGUAAAUAAUUACCCAACAAAACCCUUGUAAAACGUACUACUCCCACCCCCCCCACCCCCCAUUAUUAUUUUUUAACCAAACUUGCAAUGCUGUUCAUGGAAAACGCUCAGGAAGAUGAGAGAAAAUUGAGUUGAGAGAAGAAGAGGGAGAUAGACAAUACCUCUGCUGUUACCAUGUGACUCCUUUUAAAAAAAAAUAAAUCCUCCAGAUCUAGCUUGAAAAUAGGCAGAAGAAGUGGAAUAUGGAAACACAUCAAGUUUUCAUACGUAGCAUUUUAAAUUACUCAAGUAUUUCUAUGCCUUUGGACCAUGAGGAAUAUUCACUUUUUUUUUUUUCAUGGUCUUUUGUUUUUGUAUAGUUGGUAAAAAUUUCAGAAUCAUAUGACUUUGUAUUAAAACAUUUGUGUUGGUUAGGGAAAACAUCGGCCAAAUUAGAGGAAUUUUAAAAAAAUAUAAAUCUUAAACUUCUGCCUUUUCCAUAUUAACUAGCAGUUGUAUGUCUCUAUAAUUGUUUAUCAAAUCUUAAGGAACUCAUUGGUUUUCUAAUUCUUUUUGUUGUUGUUGCCUCCCCCUCUCCCCGCCCUUUGAUUUAGGUGGAAGGGCAAAGUAAAUAACACCCAAUAAAGACUUUUUAAUGACAAAAUUGGCAUGUUUGCAUGAUGAAAGUGAAAUGAACAGUAUUGCAAUGUCUGGCAUACAAAAUAACAUUUACUCCAAUGUAGAUAAAAUUACAUUAGUUUAAAAUAUGUGCAUUGCCUUGUAUUUGUUAGUGUUUUAGUCUUUGAAGGAUAUAUGCUCUGUUAAUGUUGCUUUUUUUUUUUUUAAAUACAUGCUAGUCUAACAUUUCCUGCUUUAUGCCUGCAUCUUUCACAAUGGCCAAAGUGAAGAAAAUGUUACCUUUUCUGUUAACAAGACACUGAUUUGAAGUACACGUGCAUUAUUUUUUCACUUUUUCUUUUGGUGGUUGGACAAGGGUAAAGACAAAAAUUUGGGGGACCGAUCAAGGGCCUAUACGUUCUUGGGUAUAAAAUGGAAGUGAUUUCUAAGGCCAACAUUAUAUAUGAAUUUUUCAUAUUUUAGGAGGGAGUGUGUGUGUGUGUGCUUUUCUCUGUGUGUGUGCACACAUGCGUGUGUACGUAUUUUGCUUUUUGUUUGCAUCAUCCAGUCAAAAAUGAUAGACCGUACAAACUGGAGCAUGAUGGGAAACACGUUUCAUUUUUAAAAAUUGAGUUGUGCUCAUAACUAAACUCCAGUGGGGUAGCGAAAACUACCUGAAGAUGUAAGGAGAAUAGAUACUUCCUAGCCUUUCUGUGUAUAUGUCGGUUGUUUGGUUUAUUCUUUGGUUCUAGACUGUUCAGUGUAUGGUUUAUUCAAGGCUACAUGCUACUCUUUUAACACUUACAGCUAUGCAUUUUCCUUCUCUUUUUAAUCCUAGAAUUUGGGGUGGAGUGAACUGGACUUUUUCUGUUGGGGAACUUAGUUAGCAGUGUUGAGCCCUACACUCUAUCCUUCAGUAUUUUCCAUUCUAUAUUUCUUUUAAGUUCUGAAUUUAUAAAAACACCCAAACUGCAUAUGAUAUGAGCCUUUAAAACAUGGGUAAUAACUACUCCAAAGAAUGGGUUUAGAAGGUGUGUUAAAACUAGAGAAUGCUACAAAAUGCAGCAUAAUUUUUUAUCAUCAAGUUCUGUCACCCUACAAUCCUCUGAAACUUUUACCCAAGCUUUCUUGCCUCUUCAAUGCCAUUUUCCUUCAGAUGGACCUUAAACAUAAUUUCUUGGACUCUACUAGGGAGGCUUCGAGGCAAUAAUAAAAGACCAGUAUUAACCAGCUCUAACAGAGGUUUGAUCAUGCUUACGUGUACAGUUUUUCUCUCAUUAAAAGGAAUGUAAUAAAAUUUGUUUUUACCAUAGAAUGAAAUAAUAUUAAAAUUGAGUGAAAGGUUGAUUGUUGACAAAUAGAAUAGUACUUAAUCUGUGCAGUGUUUCAUUUCACCUCAUAAAAACACACAUAAGAACUUCUAAUUUACAUUAGGAUAUUCUAAUCACAUCUAAAAUAAUGAGUUGAACAGGGUUAGUGGGAGACUCAGACCACACAUGUAAGUAUUGGUGCUUGGUACCAUUAGCAGAAGUGUAUGCUUGGAAUUUCUUUCACCGAGUUGACCGUACAUUGGGAAAUUUGUGUUAUUCAAUAGCAGAGAAAUAAAAGAAGACAAAUUCCCGCUUAGUUAAUUCAUAUGCUUGUGUAGAGACCACCAGGAAGCCACUUGCAAUAGUUAUACUUUAGUUAUAUGUCACACAUACAUAAAUGAAUGGAAAUAGAACAAUCUCUUUUUGAGAAAAAACCCAAGGUUUGUAUUAGUGGGAAAAGGGACUAGGAAAAUCUGUAGUUAGCUUUUUAAAAUCUCCAUCAAGUUAAUCAACUAUAAGAAAUAUCUGAAAAUUAUUUGCCCUGCAGUUUUUACUUACCAUUUUACUUACCAUUCAUCUAUCUUUUGUUCACUCACACUAUGUUAAAAUAUAACUGUAUCAAGCAACUUCUUGGAUAUACACUGACACGUUAGAAUGAAAAGGGAAAGAACGGUCGGUCACCUUAUACUUCAAAGCCAUGCUUAUCUGCUUGUACUCCCUCAGAAAUUAAGGUAAAGAACACAGGAACAAAAAAACCUAGAAGAACCUGAAUGAAAUAACAGCUGGUAUUUAAGUGAAAGUUAAGUUCAUUUUAAUAAUUGUGUAAUACCUUUUGUAUAAUUUCCAUUGCUAUUUUGAUAGGUAAAAAUGUUUAUGUCAAAUAUGUUUGAUGAUGAUUAUAUCAAAAUUUGAAUUCUUGUAAUAUUUGUACAUUGUAAAAAUUGUAAUUAUUAACUGUAUCUUAAAAAGUCAUCCUUUUUUAUAUUGUUUUAUGUAAUCUAAUUUGAAGACCGGACUUAAAUAUAUGUAAAUAAUCCUUCACAUAUAUAAGUAUGAAGUAUUCAUAAACUAUUUAAAAAUUUUAAUGGUUUUUUUCCUUUUUACUGCCUAUAAUUUGCUGGCUUUUUCUCCACUGAACUUUGAAAUCUUUCUUUGUAUGCUCUCAAUAAGAAAACACCUUGGAACAUUAGAGAUAUUCAGCAAGAGACUUGAUUUCAUCAAACACUUUAUCAAACUUUGAGAAUGUAUCGGAGGCAUUAAAAGAAGUCAUUGACUUUUAAAAUCAUCUUUUUUCUGAAGGAGAAAGCAAUGGAAAAACAAAUCCUCUACAUUCAGUGAAUCCCCAGUUUGGGGACCUGGGGGCUUAGAGACGUUGUGAAUCAAAUCUUAUGUUAUAUUUUUCUCCUGGCUCACUCUUUUUGAGAAGGUUUAUGGGCCAUAUGGCUGGUGAGACACGAUCCCCUCCUAAGAAAAUGUAGGUGCUCAGACAGGUAACCUCCACUGCUACUGUUUUUAUUUGUUUGUUUGUUUCAUUUCAUUUAAAAUUUGUUUUUGUUGUACUAGGAUUUUUAAAAAUAAUAUAUUACAGGAUUUGUAUCAGGUUCACUGCUCUUUUUUUCUUUUUUUCUUCCUUUAAAAAAAGCAAAACAAAACAAAAGUUUCAUUUAAAAUACAUUUAGGCGCCUUUGAAGCUUGGAUUUUUGGAAUGUUUCAGUAGUGGACAGAAAUCUGCUGUUGGAAUCUUCUAGUCUUCCAGGUUUAAUUUGACAUAUUUUCAGUUUUGCUUUUGGAUUUUUCUGUGGUAUUUUAUUUCCUUUAUGCCAGUGCCCUUUUGCCAUGCUGUUUUGGGGUGGCUGCCUAACUUUAAUGAAAGUUAUUUCUAUAUUAAUGGAAGUUUGGCAUUUUAAAUUCCUAAAUGUUUUGCAUUUUUAAAAAAUUGCUUUGGAAGAAAUAUUCUAACUGUUUGCACUAUUACUGUUCUUUGCCAGCCUUUUCAGGAGCCAAAAAAUCAAAAACAAACAAACCAAAUAUUACCCAGAGAAAAACCUUUCCUUCUUCCCCCUUCCUGAUGAUGAGUGAGAAGUAUUGAGAACUUUCGGGGUCAGUGCCCUUCUAAACUCCCCUUCCCCCAAUAAUGCAGCUGUAUAAUGAAUGGUAAAUGCAGCGGUUUGGAUUCAGGCACAGCCCCAGCCUGCGUGCAGGUUACAGUCAGACAGACAUCCCUGUGCCCCAGUUCCCAGAAGCACAGCAGGCCUCUAGGAGCAUCCGUGGGAACGGCGCAGUCCUGACAUCACCAACUCCUGCUCAGGCUCAUCCCAUAUCCAGAGGUCAAAGGGUGGGGUGUGAGAUUGGGGGAAGGAAUGAGAAAGAAAGGAGAAACAAUGUAACUGCCAUACUGCUGCUUUUUAGCCUUUGGUGUUUAUGUCAUUGUGCUUAUUUUAAGUUGGCAAAGCUGUCCAUGUUUUUCUUUGGGAAUGAAGGUAAUGGGAGGGUGGAACAAAGCCAAGCCAUUACUGCUAUUACCAGUUCAUUAUUGGAUACUAGUCUUUAGUAGCUAAUACAGAACUUUGAAACUGAGUCUCAGUUACAACAAGGAUGGAAAUUGAAAUGAACCCCAGGAUCUUAGCAAACAGAACAGUUUAUGUGCUGUCAGCUCCCCAUAAAACGCCUAUAACGAUUUCCCUGUUUUUCCUAAAUUCUUGUAUGUAUGUCUACAUUUGGAGGAAAUGUGCAUUCAUGGUCAGACCUUUUUUAAAAAUAACAAUAUAUUACUCUCUUGAAAAAAAUAUGCCCAGUGUUUAUAUGGGCAUACAAAUGCUACCCUAUUUUAAAUGUAGGUGGCGUUUAUGUUCGUGUUUAAAUGUAUUCAGAGCCAUUGGGCAAUAAGCAGUCCAGAACAUUGAAAACUCAAAAAGGUAAAGCCCCUUACACUCUUAGUUUCUAAAAUUACUCAUUUAUACUGCUGCAUUUUCCACAGUUCCUUUGGUAGACUCUGAACUUAGAUUUUGCCAGAGUUGGAGACCAACUAGUUAAAUCUCUUAAGUUAUAUUUAUUCAUGGAUUGUAGGAAAAGGUGGCGAUGGAAACUAUAACGAAAGAAAAUUGCUUUGUGAGAUGGUUGUAUGUUUAAAUCUUUUUGAAAUUCUCUCAGUUCAGCAUGAACAUUGAUCAUACAUUGUUUGGUUUCUGUGAUUGGGUGUUGUUUUUGUUUUGGUGGAACUUCUUUGGGGGAGGUUUAGGGAGACAUGAGGAAGUUGGUAAUAGAAAAAUGUAUAAAUAGAAAUUAAAAUAAUUUUUCUGGUUAAUCUGAAUAGUAAGCAAGAACAUUUUCUAUAUACCCUUCUGCUGCAGCAGAGAAAUAAACCGAUAGGUGGUAGCAGAGGAAGGAGUUCUUCAGACUGAUGGCUACUGAUUUAAAGUCCACAUAGGAAAAAGAGCAUGAGCUAUCAAAUGAAGCAAGGAGUCAGGAGACAGAAAUACUAUUAAGACUGCUGGAAUUUUACUGUAAAUGGUUGGUUUGAAGUAACCAGCGAUCCUUUUUGCUUACCUCAUAAAGAGAAUGGAUGAAUUUGGCCGUAUGCUUUUUCAAGUGGAAGAUAGAAAUACACAGAACACGGAAGCAAUUCUUUAGCCAUUUUGACUUGAUAUGUUUUCUAAAAUAAAAAUCACUGAAUGAAA